AUGGCCCAAGCACCGAGACCCCGGAAGAGAGUGUGUGCUUUUCGUCGUGCUCCUGAUGGAAGCGCCUUUCAGAAAUGUGGAACAUGUGGGGUAUCUGUGGUUGUUGCCUUGGCUGAUUUGCACCAUUGUGAAACCAAGAUGGACGCCAAGAGAUUCAAGGGUCUAGACGGGAAUCGAUAUGUUCCCCAAAUCAUUCAAGGUUCUAACAACCAGCCCGCUUCGGCUUUCCGUCUGUUUAUGGAAAGCUUUAAGAAGGGUUACGAGAUGGAAAAUGAGAUUGUAAUUGAAAGGCUGGGGUUUGAAAAGUGGAAAAGCAUGUCGGUGCAGGAGAAACAUCCAUUUAUUUUUCGUUCAAGAGUGUUGGACCGUGCCCACCAAGCAGCUUUGGAUAAGGAGGCCUAUGACUUGGCUAAAAUGAAGGUGAAUGACGAAGCUGAUUCAGCAAUGGUUAACAAGGUUGAUAAGGUUUGCCUACUUCUAAGUCUCAAUUGA